AUGCCAAGCAUCGAAUCAGGCUUGAAUGACGGUGAUCUGAGGUAUCACUAUCGAUCUGAUGCCAUCGCCGGGAAGGUGUACAUCCGCCAGAUAUUCGAGGCUUUCCAGCUUUCUGUAUUGGAAUUUUCUCGAACAGGUAUUCGCUGUUUCUGGUCCUUCUGAUGUCUUCUCAGCUAUUUCUGAGCUAUCUCGCCUUGGAUUUUCUCCUGUCGCAUUUUUCUAGCUUUCGGAGCUUGCGAAACUGGCAAGAUGUCGAACUGUUGACUAGCCAUGGACGAGAAUCACUUCUCUACUGGCGGUCGGCUUUCGAGGCCUUUAAUCAUUGAUCUCAAUGAUUGUCUAUGAAAUCCACCGUUCUGUGAUCCAGAACCAUUAUAGCUCGGAUUUCUUUUACAGUUCGUCGACAUGAGCUCAUGGAGGAGGUCGAAAGCAACUCGACUCUUCUAUGUUUGAACCCUCACUCGUUUGGUGAAACAGGUUCUUUUUUUCCCGAUGAUCUCCCAGCAUGAGGUUGUGAACACUCGUGAUAAUCGAGAAACCAUCAGGGUUCGUGCUCGGAUCAAAUAGUUGACCAGGACGGAGGGUAACUCGUUCUUCCUCUAAUGGCUCGGGAGCUUUUAGUCUUUGCGUUUGCCCGGCCUCGUGAAUAGGCGUUCACGAUGCUGAACUUUGGGAGUCCUUUGCUUUGGGACAUUUCAUCUGUCCCAAAAGGAUAAUGGAUCUCCUUCUGGCCAGGAGUUCCUUGUAUUGCCAAUUUAAUCGAUAGAAGACGGGAAUCGACAGCGAUUUCGUUGACUAUUCAAUUGGAACUAACUUGUUCCCUAUCGAGACGUUUGAGGUCUGUCAGUGGUGAUGUACCGACUGACGUUCAGGGAAAAGGUCUUUUCCUCCGUCCUGAACUUCAAUAUCUCGGAAUAGUUCGAUUCAAUCUAUUCUAUGUUGGCUUUAUUUCUACCAUUAGGAAAAUUUUUUCCUCUUGGCGAGGUCGAGUGCUCGAAGCUUUCUCGUGCGUCGCGACUCUGCUUUAGUGCGAUUUCCUGUCAACACGCUCCGUUUCUCUUGUUCGAGAAAAAAUCCUUUCUUAUGGAUCGUAUUGAAAUGAUUGACUUCUCUGAGGUAUUUCGCUCCUAUCUUCUAAUGAAGAACGUUUAGAAACAAACGGAGCUUUCAGAAAUUCGAUAGAUAUCGUAUCUUCCUCCUGCUCUAGGAACUGGCAAAGUAGCUUCUCUUUCCGCUACUGUGUUCGCCAGGUUCAAGGAAUCUAUCGUCUUUGACGACGAACCGCGUCGUGAUUCUCUCGGUUAUAGAGCUUAUGCCAUACUCUCCUCUAUGCCUCAUUUUGGAUUAUCUCCAAAUCGACUAAAAUCAGUCGGCAUCAUCCUUCUGUUCAGGAACUGGAGAUACCGCUCUCUUUGUUGCGAGCGCGUAUGUAUCUCCUGGAGUUGGCAGCCCAGUUAUGAACCUGGCUUAUCAUCAGCAUAUUUUACUGCUUUCCAGCAUACCUCUGUGCUUCAUUGCGGAUACUUCUGCCUUGUAUGUUAUCCUCUUUCCUCAUGGAAUGUGGUUUCUGAUGACCGCUUCUCACUCAGCGAGGAUCGCAAUGAAACUCCUCUGA